AUCAGCUGCUUGUGAAAUGUUUGCUGUUUUGAAUAUUUUGAAUUUUAGCACAAUCUUUUUCAAAACAUCUCCGAAUGAAUAACAAUUUAAAAAAUAUGACUGGUUUGGUAAUUUUUUGAAUUGUUUAAAGGUAGCAGAGAUUAAAACAGUAUUUAGGUAAUGGUAGAUAUUUCAAAAAAACAAGUAACGAAGUACGCCACAAAAACCCUUUGUUAUAUACCAUUUUUGUUCCUCAGAAGCAGUUGGGAUUGAUUAAUACAAUUAUAUACCUAAGAAAAUGAUGAGACGUAACAGAAACACUACUAGAAAGUAUAUAAGUUCAAGUGAGAGUGAAGAUGAAAAGUCUUCUAAGGAAAUGGUUUCCGCUUUUCAUCAUGAGUCGUCAAGUGAGAGUGACAUGGAGAACUAUUUUAUAAAACCGGGAAAUAUAAAUUUAGACUCAAUUUUAUUUGAGAGUAAAGGAGAAAAUGUAACUGAAUUAAGUACAUUUUCAAAACCCACUUCUGCAGCACUCGCUACACUUAGUGAUUCUGAAUCAGACAAUGACAGUAAGACAGGUGAAAAUUCAGAAAAUAGUACUUCAUUAAAAACAGAAAACAUUCCUAUGUGUAAUUCAUCUAAAAUAGUCUUCACACAAUUGUCUGAUUAUAGGAAUAAAAUUGAAGAAGCAAAAAAAGUAGUAGAGAAAUAUAAAGCACAAAAAAAUGUUCAAAACAAAAGAGUUGAUGUAGAACAGCUACUAGCUGCAGGAGAAAAAAAUGACGUUAGAAAAUCUUCAGGUCUUGAACAUUCUACAUCAUCUGAUUCAGAAAAUUCAUGUGAUGAAUGGCAAGACAUUAAUUCUAAACUUGCAAGCAAAAAUACUGAAUGUAUGCCAUUAAAAGAUAUACAAGUUAUUGUUGAUCUGCCAGGCACAUCAAAAAAGAAAGAUAUAGAUUAUGCUGCAAAAAUAAAAAGAAGAUUAAAUCGUGUCAGAAAGGAAAAUCAAGUUCUAGUACACAAAGUACAUUUAUUGUGCUGGAUAGCACACGGAAACUAUGUUAACAGUAUUUUAAAUAAAACAGAAGUUUUAGCUAUGGCUUUAUCUCUUAUACCAUCAGUAAAGAGUUAUCCAUCUGAAAGGCCUGAUUUGACUUAUUUAGAAAGUAUUCUAAGUUGGUAUAAGAAGACAAUGGAUGUCUUGGAGAAGCCGGUGCCUAGUGACAUACUAUUAGAAAAAUGCCUUUGCUUGCAAAUGAGUAGAAAAGAGGCAUAUAACAAAAAAAUGUUAGCCUUUAUUUUUGUUGCUAUAAUAAGAUCAUUAGGUAUUCAGUGCAGAAUUGUAAUGUCACUUCAAGUUGAACCUCUAAGGCCUCCAGUUGAUGAAUUACUAUCAGAAAGAAAAACUGCUGUUGAUAAACCAACUAAAAAAAAUAAUGAGCAAGUCACUUUAGGAGAAAGUUCAUGUAAGUCAAAAACAAAUGUAAAAGAAGAAAAUAAACUUAGUACAGUUAAAAACGAAGAGAUCCGUCUUAAUAAGUCUAACAUCAGUUUAAAAGAAAAGUUACAAAAUAAAGACAACGAUAGAUCUUCAAAAAUCUCUAAAGAUGUCAAAAAACACCUGAAUAACACAGUAACAAGUCAACUAAAAAAGGAUAAAACCACUGAAUCAAAAAGUUCAGUUACCAAGAAAAUUAAUACUCAUUUGAGAACUACAGAAGCUGACUCGACAUCUAGUAAAUUAAAAAAUAAAUCUACAUCCUCUCAGAGUUCUGAUUCUGCAAAGCGUGGUAAAAGCAAACAAGAUAAUAUAAAUAAAAAAGUAGAAAAUACUAACUUAAAACAAGUAUCUGCUUCUGAAAGUGAAACGAAAGUCUCUAAUGCUACUAAAAGAAAAACUAAAUUGGAUUUAACGAAGCUUAAAAAGACACCUUUGAAUUUAGAAAAAAACAUUGAAAACAAAACAAAUUCAAAAAGAUAUAAAAGUACUUCUAUACCACAACUGGAUGGUAACUAUGAUAGUGACAGUGACUUUGAUGAUAAGAGAAGAACGAGGAGUUGUAAAAAGUCAAGUUCAAAACCAGACUUAAAGGAACUAAGAAAAAAUACACCAUUAUUAAAUGGUAAAAGUGGGAAAAAAGUACCAAUUAACUUGGAAAAAGCUCAGAGUAAAGGAAAAUCUAGACAGCUUGAUGUCCGUGAGGAUAUUAUCAAUCUUGUUAAAGGAAGAAUUACUGAACAAAAAAGAAAUGAUUCUAGUAGAAUGGUAAGAAAAAGAAAAUCUAUGCCUGAUAAUGACAGCGAUAGUGAUAUACCUACACCUAUAAGAAAGAAAUAUCAUAGUAGCGAUGACGAUUUUGUCCCAAAAGUUAAAGUUAAGAGAAGAGUUCAAGUACCUGGAAAAAUAGUCGAAGAGAAACCAAAAUUAGAGAAGAACAAUAAAAAUGAUGUAUGGGUUGAGGUUUUUCUCGAUGCUGAAGAAAAAUGGAUAAGUGUUGAUGUGGCAAAUGGAAAAUUACAUUGUGUAAAAGAACUUUAUCAAAGGGCUUCACAUCCGGUUGUGUAUAUUCUUGGAUGGGAUAACAACAAUAAUAUUAAAGAUGUAACUUCAAGAUAUUGUCCUAAUUUCAAUACUAUUACAAGAAAAGAAAGAAUAAACUCUAAAUGGUGGAAUGAAAGUUUAUACCCUUUUAAAGGAAUAUCAACACCUAGAGAUGAAGAGGAAGAUGAAGAUCUAGAAAGGCAACAACUGGAUCAACCUUUACCUAAAUCGAUUUCUGAAUACAAAAGUCAUCCUUUGUAUGUAUUGAAGAGGCAUUUACUGAAGUUUGAAGGUCUGUAUCCACCACAACCACCAACACUAGGAUUUAUUAGGGGAGAGGCCGUCUAUCCAAGAAGUUGCGUUUAUAUUUUACAUUCUAGAGAUAUUUGGCUCAAGCAAGCUAAGGUUGUAAAGUUAGGCGAACAACCUUAUAAGAUUGUCAAGGCUAGACCUAAAUAUGAUAAAUUAUCAAAUAAGGUAAUUACUGAUCAAAUGCUUGAAAUAUAUGGGCCCUGGCAAGUGGAAGAUUAUGAUCCUCCAACUGCUGAAAAUGGCAUAGUGCCCAAAAAUGCAUUUGGAAAUGUGGAUUUAUUUAAACCUUGCAUGCUACCUAAAGGAACUGUUCAUUUAAUACUUUCAGGGUUAAAUAAAACUGCAAGGAAAUUGAAUAUUGACUGUGCAGCAGCUAUAGUCGGAUUUGAUUUUCAUGGGGGUUGGAGUCAUCCUGUAUAUGAUGGUUAUGUCGUUUGCAAAGAAUAUGAAGAUCAAUUAGUUAAAGCCUGGGAAUUGGAGCAAGAUGAAUUGGACCGGAAAGAACAAGAAAGAAUUGAUAAACGUGUUUAUAAAAAUUGGAAAAGGUUGAUUCAAGGGCUGCUUAUACGAGAACGGCUAAAAAUCAAAUAUGAUUUUGGGGAAUUAUCAGCUAAUGAAAAUAAAGGCAAGAAAAGAAAAAAUAAAUUACCAACGUUCUGUGCAAAAAGAAAAUAGUCAUAAGUAAGGACACUCAAUUAUAGUACAAAAUAUAUAACCACUAUAACUAUAAAACUAAUAAUCUCUCUCUGUCUUUCUUCCUACAAGAGGAAUGUGGUGGUGAACUGAUGUGUGUGUAGUUUGUCUCCAUAAUUCCCUGUCUUGUCCUUAACUGGUCUAUCCAUCGGAUGGGCGAGCGGCCUCUUGGUCUUUUUCCUGGAACCUUGGCCUGUAUAAUGAGUCUUUACAUACAAUCAGCAUCCCUCCUCAUAUACCGUAACCGAAAUAUUUAAGCAUACGUGACUGUAUAGAAGGUGAGAGACGUUCUAUGAUGUUCAGUUCUUGGAUUAUGGUUUCAUUGGUUUAUCAGGCAGUCCAGGGAAUUCUGAGCAUUCCUCGCCAGCAGUACAUCUCAGCUGCGUCAAUUUUUAUUUUUCUAUAUGUAGUUAUCUUUUUCAUAUUGUGUUUUUAAACCACUUUGUACUAAUGUUCAUCUUUGUUCAAUUUUUAGCAAUGUGUUGUCAGAAAUCCAAUGUUGUUUUUUGUUAUUCAGUUGUUGAGAAGUGGUAUUACUGAGACAGUUCUUAAAGUCUAUCCAAAUCUGUUGCGGUUGCGUGUUCUCAUUGACGUUCCACGAUGUUUUCAGUAGUUCUUGUUGAAAAUGUAUUAGUCGUGGAUCUCCAUCUGCUUCGGUUUUGGUUUUCUUACAACAUUUUUUAACUUUAUAUGAAUCCCCACUGUCCUGAACGAGAUUCUCCAUCUCGAGUUAGAGAGAAUAUAAUCUAUCCGGUUGCGGUGCUCUGUAUCCAGGACUAAUCCAUGUGUAGAGCCUUCGGAUAUGAUGUUGAAAUGUUAUGUUCAUUACAUUUAGAUUGUUUUCGAUUGCAAAGUAAGCAUUCCCCCCAUACCAAUGCCAUAUUUGCCAACAAUAGUUUUAAUAUAUUCGUUAUUAGUUGUAUCUCCAAUUUUAGCAUUAAAGUCGCCGGUUAUUAUGGUUAGGUCUUUGUUCGGAAUAUUUUGGAGAGAAUUUCAUGGUAGAAAUGGUCAAUCUCAACAUCGCUCGAAGCAACAGUUGGAGCAUACACCUGAACAAUAUUUCUUGGGUGUAUAAAACUAAUCGGAAAUGCUAAUUAUAUAAUAAUUAGCAUUUUUUUAAUAUCUGUAUAUAACUAGUGGUACCACUUUAAAUCUUUAUAAUAUGUAAAAUAAUUUGAUUUAUUUGAUAUAAGUUUAUGAAUCAUUACAUUACAUUUAAAAAUUACUUUUGUAAUAAUUCAUCUAUAGUGAAAUUAAUGUAGUGUGUCUAGUGUAAAAGUUUUACAACUGUUUAUUUUUUUAUAUUUGUAAAAUUAUAUGUUUGAUUAUCUUUUUAUAAAGAAUUGUAUGUAUUUCUUUUGAUAUAUAAAAAAGUACCAAAACAA